CGGAGCACAUAUUGCGGACGCCGCAAGCAUGGCACGAACCGGGUCCGCGCUGCUCAGCACGAAAAUCGACUUGCUGACCACGCAGUAUCAAAAGUAAAAAUGUCUGGGUCUGGAAACUUGUGAUGCUGGGUGGCGUCUCAUGAUGAGGCUACAAAUGCUGGCUCAGCAUGACAAGUUUCUGAGCUCCUAGGUGUUGCCUAUUCUGCAUGACAAACUGCGCUUCUGCAUCACAGAAAAACGGAGCUCUUGGGUAACGUGCAUGACAGAUUUAAGAGUCAUGCCAGACGAGCAUGACAAAGAUGAAUUCUUCCAGACCCAGACAUUUUUGCAAUCCAUACGCAGGAAAGGGAAACAAAACGGGGCAGGAGCAGUAGGGACCGUGGUCGAGGAGGACACCAAGACGGAGAAAAACAACACGCACGGCGGAGAAGCGCGGACCGGAACAACUCGUCGAAGGAGAGAAAUCGCGCAACUUCCAGAGACCGGAAUCAUGAUGCGCGAAGUCGCAGC